AUGGCACAGCCCCAACAACAAUUCAUCACCCAGGCGUAUCCUGCGUUUGAUCCUGCCGCUCCCAUUUAUUACAGCAACAUGGUUUCACCUGUGGCAAGUCCACCAACACCUGCUCAGCGUCACCAUCAUCAUCCAUAUCCCCAUAUGAACCAUUUUUCGCAGCACAUGCAUGUAUUCCCACAACAACAUGAAGAGCAAGCUCGUCGGCUUCAGCAAUUGCAGCAGCAUGCCAUGUUUCAGCAACAACAAGCCAUUUAUCACCAACAAUUGAUGGCUUAUCAGCAGCAUUACCAAAUUGACUCACCCACGUCGCCUGGUAAAAGGAUGCAAACCAAAGCCGAAAGACGUGCCGAGCAUAAUGCUAUUGAGCGUGCACGCCGAGAGAACCUCAACACCAAAUUCCAGCAGUUGGCCCAUUCUCUACCCAACCUACAAAAUGAUCGUCGCCCAUCGAAAGGAACCAUCAUUGAGCGUACCCUUGAUUUUGUACGUAGCACGAUGCAGAAAGAAGAGCGAUUCUUGACCGAGAUCCGAAAGUUGCGUGAGGAGCACGAUGAAUUGAUGCAACAGCUAUAUCCUGGUCAUAAACGCACUGAUAUGAGCGACAAGGGAGACGAGAUUGAUGAUAUCAAAUUGGAGCUGAAUCAGCCUACCAGCACAACAUCAUCACCCAACGUGCCUGGAAGCAGCCUUACAUCAUCAUCGUGCCCAUCAUUGGAGCUUCCAUUGGAUGACACAAGCCCAAACUUGCCACCUACGACAGGACUUGAUGUUACAAACAACCGUUUGUUCGACACAUAUGGCGUAGAUAUCACCCCUUUAAACGACGUUAUGUUUGGUCAUUAUCCAGAGCACAACCAAGCUACAACCACUGGUACAACAACGACCAAUGACAGUGAUGAUGAUCACAGUAGUGCUCAUCCAGAUGAACUGGACCUAACAAACGCCAAUGCUUUUGCAACAAACAACACGCUCGAUUACAUGGGCAAGGUUACUCCUUCACCCAUCUCAGUCUCUUCUUCUGAUUAUGUCUUCAAGGUUGACACCACACGUCCCAUCACCAGCGCAAGUAACAACGCCACACAGCACUAG